GGGGGGAGGGGAGGUUGUUGUCAUUUGAAGGCAGAACACAAUAGGAGAAGGUGGUGUGUACAUGAGAGAUUUGGGAGGGAGAAGGUCUUUUAUUUAAGCUAAUGUCCGAACAUUUGAAUCUGUACGUUUGAAGCGGGGGGGAGAAAAUAAACGAACAGGAAACGGGAGCAGAAUGGAGGCGCCACCUCGACGAUGCGGAGCGUAGGUUCAACCAAGCUGCUGCCUAUUCUGACAGAUAAACGUGAGAGAAAGUACCACUUUCAUCAUUUUGAAGUUGAGGAGGUGUACAGAGGUGAUUCGAUCUAUUGGACCAACGUCCCAGUUCAAUCUGCAUGCCCUUUAGUGUGUCAACAAAGGCAAGCAAAUCCCACAGCUCGUAUUAAAGAGCUAUGAGCAGAGGUAGUGGCGGUGAUAAAAGAGCACAUAGAGGAAAAGCUAAAGGUUCUUAUCGAUAUAGCCACCCUCACGAUCAGUACAGCUACAGUCAUCUGACUUUUAACCCCUCAAUUCAGGGAACGGGAAUAGAUCAUUUUCGAAGCCAGCAGAUCCGGUUCCUCACGGGGCAGAUCCCACAGGCACCUGCCUUUGUGUAUCAGCAGCCAUACAGGAGCCAGGUGUCAAACCAGCAGAAGCCGCGGGUUUUCCGUCCACCAGCCAAGAACUGGAACAACAACUUCAACCAGCAGCUGGUUAGACAUCCCCAGCCCCAAGCUCCCCCUGUCCAGAAAGUGAAGAAAGACCCCAAGACUGAGCCGGAAUUAGAGCACCUAUUCUCAAGGUUUGAGAAUAUCUCACUUGGUGGCAACACUCGCCAAGAUAUCCUGUCUAUUUUGGGAAAACUUAGACCAACAGAAAGACUACCAGCACGUCAGAUAGCCAGGCAGCUCUGCAUUCAGAAAAAAGUAGUCAAUCGCAUCUUGUACGGCCUGCUGAAGGAAAACCUGGUGCAGAAGGAAGGUGCAUCGACCCCUCUCUGGCGCGUUGUGGGCCAAACAGAAACCAGAGAACAGGCUCCUGAAAGCCAGCGGUCAUCACCCGAGGGCAUAGCUUUACCUUUGCCACCCAAGGAAGAGCAGCAAGCUUCUGACGACGAAGAAAGCACUGACAGUAACAUGACUGACCACUCCAACAUGGGAGAUGGUGAAACCCAAAAGAACAAAAUCUUCUCCUUCCUCUUGGAGAAGGAGAAGGCUACUGCCCUUGAGAUUGCCAAAAACAUUGGACUGAAGUCAGCUCGGCAAAUCAAUCCCACCCUUCACUUGUUUGAAAAUCAAGGUGAUCUCUACAAGGAGUCUGCAUUUCCACCAAUUUGGACCCUUUCAGACAGAAAGAAAGAAGUACUGCUAAGGAAGAAAAAGCUGCUUGAAUUGGGUGAGCCCAGAAUUGAAACUUUGGAGAGAAUACCUGUGACCGUUCAAGAUGAAAGUGAUGGUUCUCAAGAAGUCAUUGAAGAGGUCAAAGUCAAGGAAGAGGGGAAUGUAGGCAAUGGCCAGGCAGUUGCUCUUCAAGGGGAAGCAAAUGAUUUGCAUUCCCUCUCCACUUCUGCUCCGCUGCUUCUCGAUGUUAAGGUGGAGACCCAUAAGGCCAAUCAUUCCGAGGCAGCCUACUACGACAGCACCACAGGCAACGGCCAGUGGGCGUCUGAUGAUAUCCCUGAUGACCUGAACAUCAUCAACCGUGUGAGUGAGGCUGGGGAGACGGUUGGUCUGCCGCAGGGUGUGUUGGCGGGCAAGCCUGGUGCUGAUCAACACCCAGCACUUUCACCAACCGAUCGGCUUCGUGCCUGCUUGACGAAAAACCCAGUUAGUGGCCUCAUGGAAUAUUCACAGGGCUCAGCAUUGCAGUGUGAAUUCAUCCUACUCGCCCAGACAGGGCCAUCCCAUGACCCGCGGUUCAGAAUGCAAGCUGCUAUAGAUGGCAGGAGAUUCCCUCCAGCUGAAGCUAACAGCAAGAAGACAGCCAAGAAGGACGCAGCAACCAAUGCCCUGAAAGUACUGCUGAAAGAGAUUCUGGGCGAAGACAUAGAGAUUCCUCCAUCCUCUCCCCAACCCGAGCCUCCGGUCACAAGCGAGUGUACAGCUCUUGCAAGUGAAAUUAAGACUGAACCGUGUACCGGGUCUCAACCCACGCUGCCUGUAGGGAAAAAUCCAGUCUGCAUGUUAAUGGAAUAUGCACAGAAGUCAGGCAAUGCAUGUGAAUUUCAGCUGGUUUCACAGAGUGGCCCUCCCCAUGAUCCUAGAUUCACCAUCAUGGUUAAACUGGGGAAUGAGACCUUCCCGACAGCUACAGCUAACAGCAAGAAGCUGGCCAAGAUGUUAGCAGCAAAGGCUGCUGUCGUCAAUCUCUUGGGAAAUUCUCCUCCCUUUCCUUCAAAGCCCUCAGACACAAACAUGGAGAAUUCUGUUGCUCAAGGUUCUGUUCUGUCCCUGUCAUCCAUGGACUUGGAGGCUGCCCAUGCAGCUGGCCUGGGAGAGCUGAUCACCUACCUGAACAAGAACCCCAUUGGAGGGCUCCUGGAAUACGCGCGCUCAAAGGGAUUUGCAGCCGAGCUCAAGAUGAUAGACCAAUCAGGGCCGCCACAUGAUCCCAGGUUUACCUACCAGGCAAAGGUUGGUGGUCGUUGGUUCCCUCCGGUGAGCUCCAGCAGCAAAAAACAGGCGAAACAGGAAGCAGCGGAUGCUGCUCUCCGCGUCCUCAUUGGUGAGGGUGAGAAGGCAGCUCGGACAGGAGAGUUUCCUUCGGAGCUGCCUGUGUCCGGGGGUACAAUGCACGAUCAGAUUGCCAUGCUCAGCCAUCAGUGCUUCAACAAUUUGACUGCACGUAUCCAGCACAGCCUGUUGGGUCGAAAGAUCCUGGCAGCCAUCAUCAUGAAAAAAGGCGAUGAUGAUUUGGGGACUACUAUCAGCCUGGGUACAGGUAAUCGAUGUGUUAAAGGAGAAGAGCUCAGCCUUAAAGGGGAAACCGUUAAUGACUGUCACGCAGAAAUCAUCUCCCGGAGGUGCUUCAUAAGGUUCCUGUACAAUGAGCUAUUGAAGUAUAACCCUGCUUCUCCAGAUGACAGCCUUUUUACUCCAGCUCACGACAAGCGGUUACAGAUUAAGCCGGGAAUAACAUUUCACCUCUACAUCAGCACUGCUCCGUGUGGUGAUGGAGCCCUGUUUGAUAAGUCGUGCAGUGAACCUCCCACUAAAGAAGGGGACGACACACAUCACCCCCUAUUUGAGAACAUGAAGCAAGGCAAACUACGCACCAAGGUGGAAAACGGUGAAGGCACCAUCCCAGUGGAGUCGAGCGAUAUUGUCCCAACAUGGGAUGGAAUUCAGCAUGGGGAGAGACUCCGUACCAUGUCCUGUAGCGACAAGAUCCUCCGCUGGAACGUGCUGGGUCUUCAGGGGGCUCUGCUCUCCCACUUCAUCCACCCUGUCUAUCUCAGCUCCAUUACCUUGGGUUACCUGUACAGCCAUGGGCACCUAGCUCGAGCGGUCUGCUGUCGCAUGUCUCGGGAUGGGGAAGAGUUUCAAAAGAGUCUACCUUACCCUUACGUACUGAAUCAUCCACAGAUUGGCCGUGUCAGUGUCUAUGACUCAACAAGACAGACUGGGAAAACAAAGGAGUCGAGUGUCAAUUGGUCCUUGGCGGAUGGGACAGAAGUGGAAAUUUUGGACGGAACCAAAGGGAAAGUUGAUGGGCCUCAGCUGGAUGUGUCCCGGGUCUCCAAGAUCAACCUGUACGAUCUCUUCCGGCAACUUUGCAAGAAGAACGAGCGGCAGGAUCUGCUGGCGAUGGCCUCCUACUCUGAUGCCAAAGCAGCAGCUGCAGACUUCCAGAAUGCACGCACCCUGUUCUUCAAAGCGUUGGAGCAGAUGAACUAUGGUAACUGGAUCCAGAAACCUCUGGAGGAGAAGAGCUUCAUGAACAGUGAAGCGUAGUUUCCUGCCUCAGGGGUUGG